CUAAUGCACCGUCAUGCUAUGCUAUAUAACGACACACACUAGCUCAGUCUAACUGAGUCAAUCAGUCUUCUACCAGGAAUAUAAACAAGAUGGCUACUAUAGACUAUGCUAACAGAUGUGUGGAUGAGCUUGUGAGGACAUUCCAUCAAUAUCUUAAAGAGGACACAAGGCUGACUCCAGCUGAGAUAAUAAAAGGAGGUUCCUUAGGUCAUGGUACAGCCAUUCCUGGCGACUUUGAUUUAGACUUGGUUCUCUACUCAAGAGAUAUUGAUCCUGAAGUUGUGUUAGAGAUUGGAGUGGACAAUAUUCUAGACAGGUUGGAUGUCUUUUUGAGGAGAAGGUUGCCAGAAGCAUAUGUCCAUGUCAAAAAGACUUCAUUUUCUCUUCAAUUUAAACUCAAUGGAGUUAUUGAUGUUGAUCUAUUGCCCAGUCCAUACUGGGGGGAGGACCCAGACCAAUUCCAUCGCUUCCUUGAAGACAAAGGAGAAAAAGAAAGAAUGAAAUUUUCUUGCAGUGCAGCCAAAUGGCAGGUUAAGUUCUUUAAGGAGCAGCCAAAUGAGGUGAAAGAGUACAUUAAGCGUUUCAAGGCCUGGAGGAACCUUCACUGGCCAAAAGGACAGGAUGCUGUAGGCAGGCCCAAGUCGUAUCUCCUUGGACUAUUGAUGAUAAGAGCUUAUGAAAAGAGCAAAGACAAGAGCAUCCAGUCAAUAGAGAGAGAAUUGAAAUCAAUGAUACGCAAUCACGAGAAAAUAGAUAUCAAGUGGAACGAUGGCUAUUAUGACUGGACAUAUCGCCUCACAAGAGAAGAAUUCCAAUCUCUUCUUGGAAACAGAUUCACUCUUAUAUCUUCAUCAAACGGAGUAGAUGUUGUUUAUGACAACAAACAGCAACGCCAGCGUAAUUAUUACCCACAAAAAGUUCCUUCUAUCCUUGACGUUGCUAAUCCAUUCAAUGAUGUUUAUGUGAGUGGUAUCGGUAAUUAUCAUUGCAAGGACCCCCAGGGGUCGUUCCAUCCAGGGACUGGGAAAUGGUCUCCUCUUGUUGGAAAAAUCGAUACUUUUAGCCUCUCGAAGCCGCUUGAAUAUUACAACAACUAACUAUAUACAUGCACAGUACAUGCACAUGUACUGUGCAUCAUUAUAAUUAUAACACUACACAUUUGCCACAUUCAUAUAAAUGUAUACAUUACAUACUGCACAUGUACACGAGUGACACUUUUAACACAUUAUAUCAAAUGUUUUGUAUCUUUCAAGUUAUUUUAUGUUGCCUUAAUUUAAUAAUAAUUUCAUAGAA